UCGCCUCCCUCUUCUUACCCCGCCGCCUCUAGCAGCCUCUUCCCUUUUCUUAUAACAGACUUCCAAAGUUUGGGAUUGCCAUUCUUCGAUCACCACCUCCAAAGCUGUAGUAGCCUCUGUCUCUUUCCAACACUCCCGCAGCUCGGUUGUCCCCACUUCCUCUUUCAUACAUAGGACUUAAGCACCUCAUGGGAUUUGGCUUGGUGCAUGCAAAAACUGUUUUCCUACACUGGAUUGAAAAUGCCUAGUAUUUUUAAAAAGAGAAAUAAAAUAGCUGUGUUGGUUGUUAGAAUAAUCUCAGAAUCCUAUAUUAGUGAAAUACCUAGUUACUAGUGUUUGAAACAUCUGCAAAAAAUGUGCAAGCUUCGAGAUUACCAGCUCUUCCCUUCAGGCAAGAAGAUACAAAAAGCAGGGGUUCCCUUAUCCCCAGAUGUCCUGAUGACAUGGAGGAGGUGGACAAGAUCCUCAUACAUUCCCUCCGCCUCUCUGGGACGGACAUUCCGGAUGAUGUGCAGAGCAUCCGUGAAUUCACCACUGAACUGAUUAUAGAAUCUGUGGUGCGAUGCCUCCGUGUCAUCAAUCCUUCAGUGGGAGCAGGCCUCAGCCCCAUCCUGCCUCCAGGCAUGUCUGCUCGCUUCCGGAUUGGCAUGAGCCUGGCACAAGCCUGCCAGGACCUGGGAUAUCAAGGGGAAGUUGGCUAUCAGACCUUCCUGUACAGCAGCGAGCCUGAAAUCCGCCGCCUCCUUCUCUUCCUAGUUGAGAAGCUCCCAAGAGAUGCUUCGGAGGAUGCCGACCAGCCUGUGGGCAAAUCCGCAGUGCUUUGCAGAGCCAUUGCGACUGCAAUCAAAGAGCAACUGGCUAUUCCAUGGGUGCCCCCUGCCUGCCGUAGCCCCCGCCUGCAGCUAUUACAGGGCUCAUGCCUCCUGAAGCGCUUCCGAGCUCAACCCUUGGUCCUACCUCAGGAGUCUGGCCCAUUCAUUGGGCAAGUACCCCAAGAGAGGAAAGAGUUCUUUGUCAAGUUCCUGCCUCCUGUGCCAGCUCAGCUGCCCCAGCCUUCAUCUUUGGUGCCGUCUCUGUUGGAGCUUAAUAUGGCUGAGCUGAGCAGAGCCCAGGACUGGGAAAGUGAGUGGAAAAGCCAAGGCCUUGGAUCACGCAUGACUCCAGAGGAGUACCGUCAAUGGAAGCAUCAGCGGCUGCAGCGUCGCCUUCUGGACCAACUGCGGCAAGCUUCUGCUCAUGCUGGGCCCUCCCACCAGGGAGCAGCAGGCCGUGACCUCAUGCAGCUCCUGGGCACUUUUGCAGCUGGCCACGAGCAUGCUGGGGCCCUGGCCAAAGGGUCUCGCUUCACUCAUACUCAGCGCCUGGCUUAUAAGCAGGAGGCAGAGGUCCCAGUGCCCAUGGAAACGCUGCCAAUCUCACGGACAACCGAACAGGAGUCACGAGAACACCAGGCAGCAGAACUAGAAACCUUGGAAGGUGAACUGGACCACCUGGUGCGGCAGAUCGAGGAGCUUGAGGGCCAAAUGUCCACGCUGGGGCUAACCCUCACACAGGUGGAAAGGGAGAUGCGACAGCGGCAGUUGGGAGUGACAGAGCAGGAGCAGGCCCUGCGUGUGAAGGGGCGUACAGUGGAGCUGCUGCCCGAUGCAGAGAACAAUAUGGCUAAGCUGCAGGGAGUGGUGGAGAGCAGUGCCCAGCGAGUCAUCCAGCUGGCCACCCAGUGGGAGAAGCACCGCGUGCCACUGAUCCAGGAGUUCCGGGACCUCAAGGCCCUCCAUGAUUCCAAGGAGCUGGAAUCAUCACGGCGCCUGUCUCAGAUCAGAGAGCUGCAUGAGCGGAUCCGAUCUGCUGCUGAUGAGGCUAAGCGCAAGGAUGAUCUCUACAAGCAGCUGCUUGUGGAGUUAGAAUCGCUUCCCAAAGAUGUCUCUCGUUCUGCCUACACCCAGCGCAUCCUGGAGAUAGUCAGCAACAUACGUAAGCAGAAGGAGGAGAUCACAAAGAUCUUGUCUGACACCAAGGAGCUCCAAAAGGAGAUCAAUGGUCUCACUGGGAAGCUAGACCGGACUUUUGCUGUCACUGAUGAGUUGAUUUUUAAGGAUGCUAAACGCGAUGAGGCUGUGAGAAAAGCAUACAAGUAUUUGGCAGCAUUGCAUGAGAACUGUAGUCAAUUGAUCCAGACUAUUGAGGAUACAGGCACCAUUCUGCGGGAAAUUCGGGACCUGGAGGAACAGAUUGAGAGCGAAACCAGCAAGAAAACCCUGAGCAAUCUGGAGAGGAUCCUUGCUGACUACCGGGCCAUGAAGCAGGAAAACACAGUGCUGCUCAGCCGUUCCAGAGAGACAUGAAAGCCCAUCCCCCACACAGCCACAGGGUGCUCUUGGGGCCUGCCCCUUUUUCCAUUCAGACUCUGCUGUGCCUCAGACAAGGAAGGGCAUGAGGAAUGCCUGUCCUUCCAGGCUCUGUUUGUAUUGUGGGUUGCCUAAAACUAAGCUACAGGGCAGCCUGUUUUCUGGAAAGUGGACCCUGGGAGUCUUCUUUCUGACCUAGAUUGUAUAUCAGAGAAGCAGAUGCAGGGGUGAGGUAUUGUUUUCUCCAUUUAUUAUUUCAACAAAGCAAAACAAAGCAACAAUAAAAUCCUUUUUCCUUUUC